AUGGAUUCAUUACUUAAACAAGGAGAACAAUUAUACAAGUCAGGUAAAAUUACCCAAGAAGACGCCAAGGAUGCCUUCCAAGCUUUUUCCAAAGGUGACAAUUUCCAAGACAGUGCCAAAGAAGCUUACUCCGCCUAUCAAGAAAAUCACAAGGGCGAUGGUAAGGAAAGUGGUAAAACCGACUCAAAAGAUGAAAAGUCAGAAUCAAAGUAG